AUGGAGGAGGAGGAGAGUAUUGCAGCCUACUUUCUGAGAGUUGAUGAAGUGGUGAAUGCCUUGAAAGGUCUUGGAGAUACCGUUGAAGACAAAACUAUGGUUCAUAAGAUUUUGCGCACACUGCCCCUGAAGUUUGAUGUCAAAGUUUCUGUUGUUGAAGAAAUGUUAGACUUGAACAAGCUCACUAUAGACAAGUUGUAUGGAAUCCUGACUGCAUAUGAAAUGCGUACCAAUGUUGAGAACCCAUCAAAAAGAGAAACAACCUUUAAAGCUUCAAAGAAGGGUAAAGAAAAGGAGCAAAAAUCCAGUGAAAGCUCAGAAGAAGAUUCAGAGGAUGAAGUUGCUCAUCUUGUUAGAAAAUUAAAAAGAGGAUCUGGUAAAUACAAGGGAAAGUUGCCUUUGAAGUGCUUUAACUAUGGGAAGAUAGGUCACUUUGCAUCAAAGUGUCCCUAUGAGAAAGAGGAGGGCAGCGAUGAUGAAAGAGAUUCUAAGUUCAAAAAUUCCAAGAAGUUUGUCAAAAGGGGAAAGAAGUUUCAAAGAUUCAAGAAAAGUCUCUAUUCGAAAGAAGAUAGUGACUCUUUCCUUAGUAGUGAGGAAGAAAAUCAUAAUGAUGAAAUUUUAUUCAUGGUUGUUGAAGACACUCAAGAAGUAGACUAUUUUGAUGAAGAAGAUGUGGAGGUUGAUCUCGAACAAGAGUUGAUUAGUGCUCUCAAUGAGAUCAAGAUAUUAAAAAGUAAAAAUCAAAAUCUCAAGUUUCUGCUACAAGAAGAAAAUGGUAAAGUUUCUGAGAAAAUGUUGGCUCUAGAAGCUGCUGAAAAGAUGGUAACUAAUCUAAAAAAUCAGAUUGAAGAAAGUAAAAAGGUUGUAGAAGACCUCAGAAAACAACACAAAGCCAAGGAGGCUACUUGUGAGAAACUUGAAAGAGAAAUUGUGUCAUUAAGAAAGCUUGAAAAGUCCUCUCAACAGUUCAGCAAGGAAAACAUCUUUCAAAAUAAUGUUAUGUCACUAGAUGACUUAUUGAACUCUCAAAAGCAGUCCCUUGACAAGAGUGGAGUUGACCAUGAUGAAGGUCAAUGCUCAAAAUCUGUUGAAGCUAUUAUGGCCACAAGGCUGGAAAUUGCAGAAGAUUUCCUAAAAGAAAUUUCAGUUUUAUAA